AUGGGUUGCGUGACGCAUAUUGUCCAGAUACAAUUCAAGGUCGACGUCGGCCCUGAAACUAUCAACGAUGCUUGCUCGCGUAUGCUCUCCCUGAAGGAGCAGUGCAUCCAUCCCGUUCACCAGAAACCCUACAUCAAGUCCUCAAAGGGUGGCAAAGAGUGCUCGGUUGAGAAUGGUAUCACCCACGUCUUUGUCGUGGAGUUCGAGUCCGUUGAGGAUCGCGAUUAUUAUGCGCUAAAGGAUCCUGCUCAUCUGUCUUACGGUGCUAGCUUGGGUGGUAUUGUAGACAAGGUGCAGGUUGUGGAUUUCGAUGCUGGUGUCUUUUAA